AUGCCUUCAAUCUCCACUUACCAACCCGACAAAUUUGUGUCAAUGAGUAAUUGGAAUGUUCCUUCCAAUCUUUCACUUGCUGAUCCACACUUUCACAAACCGCAAAAGAUAGAUCUUCUACUUGAUGCCGAAAGCUUUUUCGAACUGUUGUCGGUUGGACAAAUAAAACAAGAUACUUAUUUUCCAACGCUCCAGAAAACAUUACCCGGAUGGAUUGUAUCUGGAAGAUUCAAACAUACCGAAAGUCCCAAUGCUAAAAUUUGCAAUCUAAUAAGCUUAGAUAAAGAAAAGUUGACAGAUGACUGUUCCUUAAACUCUCUUGUACAAAAAUUCUGGGAAUUACAAGAAAUUCCUAAGGAGAUUAAGGUUAAGAAAUAUACUGCGGAACAACAACUUUGCGAGACAAAAUUUGUCAGCAUAGUUCAACGUACACUGUCUGGUAGGUUUAAGGUGAAACUCCCCUUUAAAUCUGAUUCAAGUUUUUUAGGAUUCUCAUUCCAAACAGCAAGAAGCCGUUUUCUAUUAUUAGAGCGCAAACUUUCGAAAGACUCCAUUUUACAGAAUCUCUAUAUGGAUUUUAUGAAAGAAUAUCGGAACUUAGGUCAUAUGACACCAACCAACGAGAAUUUUUCUGCAACCACUCACUACUUCAUACCCCAUCAAUGUGUUCUGCGACCACAGAGCACCUCUACUAAGCUUCGGGUUGUAUUCGACGCAUCAAGUCGAACAUCUUCGCAGAAGUCAUUAAAUGAUCUACUAAUGGUCGGUCCGAUCGUGCAAGAAGAUUUGUAUUCAAUCCUGAUUCGUUUCCGCAUGCAUAAGUAUGCAAUAACUGCUGACAUUGUUAAAAUGUACCGUCAAAUUGAAGUUGACGAGGCAGACAGAACUUUUCAACUUAUACUUUGGAGAGAAAAUUCGUCCGAAGAACUGAAGGUGUACAAAUUAAACACUGUGACUUAUGCUACAACUCUCACUAUAACUACCACUUUUGUGGUUUUAAAUCCAUCUUAUAUACCCAAACUUGAUGCAAAAAUCCAAUAUAUGACCUUCAAAUUACCCUAG